UGACAAAAUAGGUUGUGAACUAUAAAUUAACAAAUUGUUUCUCUAAAACAUUGUUCAUCAAGAAAACUACUUGCAUAUUUGAUAAAAAUGUCAAAUAUAUGGAACACAAAACUUUAUCGCCAAGAACAAGAAGCAUUUGUUUCUAAUCAUGGUGGAACAACAGCCAGGGAAGUUGUGUAUGCGAUCAUACCUAACAUAUGUAGUAUUCUUUUAACUACAACCACAUUAGGUCUUCUAAGAAAUUUAAUUCAUAAAAAUGUUAAAGUUUUGAUAGAAUUUCUAUUACUUGUCAUUCCAACUAUCUUAUGUUGUACUGUAUUAUCUGAGUACAUUUUUACCGUGUGUUGUGCCAUGUUAUCAAUAUCUAUUAUCAAUAUUUUAUUACUGGGACUUAAUCCAAACUCAUCAAAUUAUAAUAUGAUGUCUAGCCAGGGUAGAAAACCAUUCAUUACAACUUUUAGGGCAUUCACCAAUAUUAUAACAGUGAUAUGUAUACUAGCCAUAGAUUUUCGUAUCUUUCCGCGAAAAUUUGCCAAGACUGAGGUAUUUGGAUAUAGUUUAAUGGACAAUGGUGUUGGAUUAUUCAUCUUAGCAAAUGCUUUAGUAGCGCCAGAAGCCAGAGACUUUGCUCCUAACCAUAGACUAGGAUUCAUUCAUACAUUAUCAAAGAAUAUUAAACAAUCUGCAAAAGGUUGUAUUCCACUUUUAAUACUGGGUUUUGGUCGUUCUGUUGCUAUUGAAGUCAUAGGAUAUCAAAAGCAUGUAACUGAAUAUGGUAUCCAUUGGAACUUCUUUAUAACUCUUGCUUUUGUUAAACUGUUCACUAGUUGUAUAACCAGUACUAUAAAUUCAAAGUAUUCUCUACUCUCAGGCAUCUGGAUUUUAACAAUGCACGAAUAUAUUCUGAGCACUAACGAGUUGAAGGAAUGGGUGUUGAGUAAUAAACCAAGGGAUAACUUUGUGUCUGCCAAUCGAGAAGGGGUAGUUUCAGUCCCUGGAUAUAUAGGACUUUAUUUAAUAGGGGUAGCAGUUGGCAGAUUAAUACAUUCCACGUAUCAUAACUCAUAUAUGCAACAAUCUGUGCAGUACAAGUACAAAACGUUUCACAUGAAGUUAUUCGGAUACGAACUCGAUGCUAGUUACAAUGAGUCUAUGAUACUCUGUAUCAAACUGUCCUUGAUAGCUGCGCAAACUUGCGCAGCCACUUUGUUCUGUGAUUCGUAUUUUAAAGUAUCAAGGCGCUUAGCGAAUGCGGGCUAUUGUAUGUGGAUACUUACAUUAGGCGUUAUGGUUCUCACAUUAUUGUUAUUAUUAGAAAUAAUCAUGGACAUAUUAAUUCGUGCCAAUACAAAUUCCGACUGCGCGGAUAAAAAAACCAAGUCACACAAAGCAGAGGCAAAAAAUAAACGAAAACGUGUACUCGAUGAAUGUGAGAAAAAUGUAGUGGAUAACACAAUUGAAAUAUUCGAAGCUGUGAACUAUAACGGUUUAUUCUUUUUCUUAUUGUCAAACCUGAUGACUGGUGGUGUGAAUAUGUUAAUACCUACAUUGUAUGUAAAUGAGUCCAGAGCUUUACAAAUACUGAUCGCCUACAUGGCUCUAAAUAUAAUUACAGUUUUAUUCCUAUAUAGGAAACAGAUGCAAAUUAAGUUAUAAAACGUAGGAUUUCUUGUAUAUUUAUAUAUCAGGGAAUACGAAUUUUGUACAUCUGCGGGUCAAAUAUACUUACAGCAUUAGAAUAUUCU